GUGUACAAAUCAGCACGUGACCUUCGCCCCCGCCGCGAUCACGUGAUCCGCGCAAGCUGAACCCGACGUCACCUCGCGGUGGAAGCUUAAACUCCCGAUUAAAAUGUUUACUCUUUUGAAAUCACAACUUUCAAAGAUAAGCAACUAAAAGACAUUGGCACCGCGGCGCGGCUUGAAGCGCUUUCACGUCCUGCAUUCGCUAAAUAUCGCGGCGCUGAGCGAGCAGGAUGAACGAGGUGAACGCGGCACUGUGCGAGGAUCUGGUGCCGGCGUCAUAUGCACGCCAGGGCCACGAGGCGCGGCGCGCACACGAGAAGGUCGUGCGCGUGCUGCUUGAGAAGCGUAAGCUGCCAGAGGAAGGCUGGGAGGACCAGACGAUCGAGCUGCUGCUGCAGGAGCUGUCCGUCAUGGACUCCAAUAACUUCUUGGGAAACUGCGGCGUUGGGGAGCGUGAGGGCCGUGUGGUUUGUGCUCUCGUGGCCAAAAGACAUUACAGGAUGAUCCAUGGCAUCGGAAGGUCAGGUGACAUCACAGCUGUGCAGCCCAAAGCAGCCGGCUCAAGUCUUCUCAGCAAACUGGCAAACUCGGUCGCCUUGGACGUGAUAAGGACCAGCGGUGUGCGCAGUGCGAGCGCAUGCUUCGUGGUGCCGGUUGCCACGGGCAUGGCGCUCUCGCUGAGCUUCACAGCGCUGCGAUCGCACCGCCGCUCCGCUCGCUACGUGCUCUGGCCACGCAUCGACCAGAAGUCCUGCUACAAGGCCAUGCUGUGUGCCGGGCUGGAGCCCGUGGUGCUGGAGAACCUGCUGGAGGGGGACGAGCUGCGCACAGACCUCGGAGCGCUAGAGGCGGCCGUGGUGGAGUUAGGGGCAGAUAACAUUCUGUGUGUCCACUCCACCACCUCCUGCUUCGCCCCACGCACUCCCGACCGUUUGGAGGAAAUCGCUGAGAUCUGCAAGCGACACGGAAUCCCGCACGUCGUCAACAACGCGUACGGAGUGCAGAGCAGCAAGUGCAUGCACCUCAUCCAGCAGGCUGCGCGUGUUGGCCGGGUGGACGUGUUUGUGCAGAGUCUGGAUAAGAACUUCAUGGUGCCGGUGGGAGGUGCGAUCAUCGCUGGCUUCAACCGCGACCUCAUCGCUGACAUCGGCAAGACCUACCCAGGCCGUGCGUCUGCUGCCCCGUCGAUGGAUUUCCUCAUGACCAUGCUGUCUCUGGGCCAGCGUGGAUACAAACGCCUCCUCGCGGAGCGCAAGGCAAUGUACACAUACCUGGAGAACAAGAUGAAAGUGCUGGCCCUGGAGAACGGAGAAAAGCUGCUACACACACCGCAUAACCCCAUAUCCCUGGCGAUGUCCAUGAGCUCCCUGCCUCCAGCCGUUGUGACACAGCUGGGCUCCAUGCUGUUCACAAGACAAGUGUCCGGCGCUAGGGUGGUCCCGCUGGGCGGGGUGACGCAGACGGUUGGCGGGCGCGAGUUCCGCGGCUUCAUGUCGCACUCGCCUUGCUACCCCGUCGCCUACCUCAACGCCGCUGCAGCCAUCGGCAUGACGCAGGCAGACGUGGGCGCCUUCGCGUCGCGCCUGUCCCGCUGCCUCGAUGCGCUGCGACGCGACGCGUGCAGGAAGAGCAGCGGCAUCAAUUCAGAUGGAGACGGUGCAAAUGCAAAUCCCGGUGACAAAGGUGGUGGCCGGGCGAAUUCGGGCAGCAAGGACACCAACCAGGAGGGUGGUGGCGAAGAUGCCGACGGUGAUGAUGAUGACGGUGACGAUGCUGACGUAGAACAGGAAGGUGACGUCCGUUGUGAAGCCGGAAGCGAUGCUGGUGGCAGAACAGGAAGCCAUGUCCGAUGUGCAGGAAGUGAUGUCGGAGAUUUAGGAAGCGCUGGUACGGAUCAAAGAAGUGAUGUCAGAGAUACAGUAAGCGAUGGUGCAGGUAAAGGAAGUGAUGUCACAGAUACAGGAAGUGAUGGCGCAGAUAAAGGAAGUGAUCUCACAGAAGCAAUUCCAGGGGUUGAGGGGGACAGUGGCGGUGGGGGAGAGUGAAGGUGUCGGAGACCUGAGCGUGCAGCACGGCGCUAAGGAGACAAUGGCUGAGAAAUGUGGAGCUGCCUGAAGAUUAGCUCCUGUAAAUGAUGGUUACAGUGAAUAAUUCCACUGGUUGCCGAGACUCGUCUCAGUUGAUUAAUCUGAUUCUGGUAAUCGUGUUGAUCAAGCGGGCAACUGGAGCAAGACUAUUGCAAGCAAGGAAGAUAGAACCCCGUAAAUUAUUUGGUGCUCGUUCAGUAACACUUUCCGACCAGGGGUAGUAGUGAAGCCUUUAUACAUUGCCUCUGUCUAUCCAUAACGAGAAGACGCUCUAGCUCUCGCAAAGAUGAUCCGAUAAGAACCAAAAUGUAGCAUACACUUGUGUCACUAUGAGGGACUUGAGGCUCUCGUGAGAAAAAAAAACGGCCAAAUUGAUAAAAAAAUUUGCCUAAAAUUUGGAAAUAUAAACAAGCGCUCGACGGGACUCGCAGGGCGUUCUGCUUCCUGUGCGCUUGGUGGGAGGGACGACCGUUGCCAUGUCACUCUUCAAACACCGGACAAGCCCGUGUUGGGAAGCCUUACAGAAUCCCUGCAUGUGCAUGAUUUUUGCUUCCUUGUUUCCGAUCAAAGAAUAAUAAUAUCCAUUGCGGGUACUAUUAAGUAGCUACACAUUCAUUUUGUUAAGUUUGUUGAGCUGGUUGGCCAGGAUUGGGCAAAAACCUAGCCCACUUUUCACACAGGCAACUGGAAAGCGCAGACUAAUUUUUACACAUUAUUACACAUUAAUUUUGUUAAGUUUGUUGAGCUGGUUGGCCAGGAUUGGGCAAAAACCUAGCCCACUUUUCACACAGGCAACUGGAGAGCGCAGACUAAUUAUUACUAACUUAACAUUAAAACUAACAACAUAUUUAAGAAUCACAAUAAACCAAUACAUAUAUACUCUUAAAAAUAAUAAUUAAAAUAACAAUGUUAAACUUGAAAUCGAAUUAAUGGUCCUCAAACUAUAUUCUUGGGUCUUUCGGUAAAAUCACGUAAAUAGGUUCAAAGAAAAUAACAAAAAAUAACAAAAAGCUAUGACGUUUCGAUCGCAACACAAGCGUUCGUCAUCAGG